GAAUUUCAGUGUUAAUUGACGUUACGGCCGAAUAGUAUCUUAGCUAUUUGAGAAAAUGUCAUGACAAAACUUUAUUUAUGACACUAGAGAGAAUCUUGGGCCAGGAACAGUUUGUGUUAAACUGUUUUUAUAACUCUGAAUUUUGUAUCUCUACAUGAGGACAGGACAGAAAGACCUCUUUCCCUUCAUGUCUGUAACUUCAGAGAAAUGACAACAAUCACAAAUAAACACAUAUGGAAAUAAUCCUCUUUAAGAAUAUGUGAUCACAAACAAUGUUUAUCUCUACAGAUGUAUACUUAAAGUUUCCUGUCUACUGCAGAGGAAACCAGACAUUAAAAGCACACAGAGGAAAUGGUGGUUUUGCUGCUUUGAGUCAAACAUUCAAAGUGCUCGAUGUCACAUCACCAACAGGUACGAUGGGACAGACAUCUCUGCAAUGGCUGAUCUUUGUGACCUCACUGCUGACCAGCACAACACACCAAGUUGUGUUUAAUGGCAGUAGAGAUGAUUUUUCCCCUUGGUGCAGUCCGUUUACUCUCUCUGACUAUGAGUCCCAGCAGCUCUCAGAUGUUUCAAGGACAGUUUGUCUCUCUGAGGUGUGAGGAGGACGACAGCUCUGCUGGAUGGACUCUGAGGAGGAACACAAGUGAUAAAACCAGGACUCAGUGUGGAGAUGGCUGGGGAAGACCUGCUGGUUCUUCCUGUAACAUCAGCCACAUGGUCACAUGGCACAGUGGAGUUUACUGGUGUGAGUCCAGAGAGGGAGCAACCAGUAACAUCAUCACCAUCACUGUCACUGAUGGACCAGUGAUCCUGCAGAGUCCUGUCCUCCCUGUGAUGGAGGGAGAAGACCUCACUCUGACCUGUAGAACAAAGACGACCACCAACUCCACACCUGGUUUCUAUAAAGAUGGCUCCUUCAUUGGGAAUGAGCAUGAAGGUCACAUGACCAUCCACCAUGUUUCCAGGUCUGGUGAAGGCCUCUACAAGUGUCUCAUCAGCAGUGUUGGAGAGUCUCCACCCAGCUGGGUCUCUGUCACAGAGAAACCAAAGACCACAGGCCCUCCAACCUCUGCAGCUCCGCCCCCGGCCUCAGACCCCGUCCACCUUGUGUUCAGACUGGUCUGCCACCAUGUGGGGUUCUGUCCUCACUUCAUCUCCACCAUCAUGGUUUCUUUAUAUUGACACAGACCAACAGGAAAUUAUCUACCUGUUUCCAUGGCAGCAGCCUACCCACCCAAGCUGGUGGAGUUCUUG